UGGAAUAGGAUGAUCACCUCAAUUAUGCUCUCUCUCUCUCUCUCUCUCUCUCUCUCUGUGAUAGGGAAAUUACAAUUAAAUAAUUAUAAGUUGAUUUAUAAUAGUAAUCUUAAAAUUAAUAGGAGAAGAAAUCGGAAAAGAUGAAGAUUAAAAGGAGAAGAGAGACGGGUAGAAGGAGGCGGCGUAGAAGGAAUAUAUAUAAAAAGGAGAUUAGCUAGGAAGAAGCCAACCACAAACAACAAUGUGAGACGUCGAUCAGAGGGUUUGGGUUUGGGUUUGGGUACAGUACUGGAAUUUAAUUGCAUGUGAUGGAAUCAUCGAAUAAUAAUCAAGAAUUCCUCAUGGUUCGUGAGGAACAUGGAUUUGGGAGGAGCAAUGAUCAGAACCACUUACUGAUCAAUAAUCCACCUAAUGCUUCUUCUUCUUCUUCUUCUUCUUCUUCUUCUGUGUUAGUCCACAACAACUGCCAUCCCAUGACGGUCAAGCUCUCUUUGCAGGGACGCGAAGUUAUCGUCUCUUCGGACGACAAGCCUCCGCUGGGUUUGACCCUCACCAAAACGCCAUAUUUUCUGGGGACACAGCUAUCCCAAGCGAGCAGCCGAAGAUCAGCUUCUUCUUCUCCUUCUGCUUCUUCUUCUUCUUCUGAGACGCAUCACAAUAAUCCCAUCAUCCUCCAAAGAUUUCAAGCACAGACGACGACCCCGACCCCGACCAAUCAGUUUCAGUCUCCUCAUCACCACCCAGCGUCCGAUAAGUUGAAGGCUUCAAACUUCCCCGCAAUGUUCAUCAAGAUUGGUUCUUGGCAGAGGGUAGCCAUGAAUGAAGGAGAGUUGGUGGGAAAAAUUUACUACGCCAAAAGGAAGAUCGUUUGGGAAGUUUUAGAUGGGGCCUUGAAGAGUAAGAUUGAAAUACAAUGGCCGGAUAUUGAGGGAAUUAAAGCCAUCAUCCCUGAUGAUGAUGGUCAUGAUGCUCAAGCAGCAGGAGUACUAGAACUCGAGUUAAACCAGCCACCCCGCUUCUUCCGAGAGACUAAGCGGCAGCCCCGAAAGCCCACCCUUUGGACACCGUCGACGGAUUUUACUGGAGGGCAAGCUCCCAUAUGCAGGAGGCACCUAAUCAAGUUUCCCGGAGGACUUCUUAACAAACCCUAUGAGAAGCUUCUGCAGUGCGAUCCUCGGCUGUUGGAGCUCAGCCGGCAACCUUUCCCAAGGAUCAGGUCUCCAUACUUUCACUUGGAAUAUGAUAAUACCUUCAAUUUCAUAUCAUCAUCACCAGCAGCAGCGGCAGCUGGAGGAGCCCAUACCAGCUGGCUGCAACAGCAAUACUGUCCUCUCCCUGCUUCCUCUCCAUUACCAGUUUCUCCCCAUCCAUUAAUGCUUCAGAAUCUCAACCCUAUUCGUGCUCUUUGGGACUCAAACGAUCCGACUAGUCAAAGGGCUGCUGCCACGUACAGUAAUGUUAGUAAUCAUCAUUGGGAUCAAGGAGCGACCAAUAUUAAUAUUGUCGAAGACACUUCUUUUUAUUCGAGGGAUCAGGAUCACAUUAUUCAAGGGCUGCCACAUUUCUCAUCAUCAGCGGCGGCAACCCUACUACAAGAACAAGCAGCUAAUUAUGGAGCAGCUGCUCCCAACACUCUGGCCUCACUGCAGGGUGAUAUUGAACGGCUUUUCAAAGGUGAUUCCCAAUCUCUAUCCUUGGACGAGGGAGUACUCAUGGAGCCAUUUAAUGCUCCCGAUAACAAUGGACUGAUCAAUGACGACUUGCAGCAGCAGCAGUAUAAACCAGAAGAAUUAAUUAAUGGCGAAAUUUUCAGAGCGGAUGGUGGCCUACUCUGCCCACAACCCCUCCACGGCUUACCUCCACAAACUUCUAAUGAUGAGAACGGAAUGAUGCCUCUUCCCAAUGAUAUUGAUUAUUAUUAUUAUUAUGCAUCGUCUUACACUGAUGCUGGCUAUGGGAUCCAACCAUAGCAAGCAAGCAAUUUUUUUGAAGUGGGCGCGGUGGCCUCACUCUCGUUGGCUGGUUGCUUUGCUUGCCUUGACAAUUUUUUUUUUUUUGGAAGAGAUUCUAGUGGUAGUACAUCUUCAAAAGCAUUAAUUAUGCGAAUUUUUAUGGGGGGUAUGUAUGGAUCAAACCAUAAGUAAAUACACAAACUUUGGUAGAUGAUGAGUAGAGUACUGUUUGUGAAUAAUUAAUCUAGUGUCUCCUCGCCAUCUCUUGUAAUUUGUGUCGUCAAAUGAAGGCAGUUUCCAUUUUCUUAGGGUGGAAAUUGCCACUCUAGUCUAGUAUAAAAGAUAAAAAGUGUUUCCAUUUUUUAAGUUGUCUUCAAUUUGCUAAUAAACAAAUUUGAA